AUGUCUGACGCUGUUUACAUCGUUGCCGCCGCCAGAACUCCUCUGGGAGGUUUCCAGGGUUCUUUGGCUUCUUUGACUGCCACUCAAUUGGGAGCUCAUGCCAUUAAAUCAGCUCUUGCUAAGGUCCCCCAGAUCGAGCCCUCAGCGGUCGAGGAGGUCUUUAUGGGAAAUGUUCUCUCCGCAAACUUGGGACAGAACCCAGCUCGCCAGUGCGCCAUUGGUGCUGGGCUUAAGGACACAACCGUCUGCACCACAGUGAACAAAGUCUGUGCCUCCAGUUUGAAGGCCAUCAUCCUUGGUGCCCAGACAAUUCUUACUGGCUGCGCCGACAUUGUCGUAGCUGGAGGAACUGAGUCUAUGUCAAAUACCCCAUACUACAUCCCCACCGCACGUUCCGGAGCCCGCUACGGAAACCAGCAGAUAGUUGAUGGUGUUGUUCGUGAUGGUCUUUCAGACGCAUACGACAACCAGGCAAUGGGUUUCGCAGCUGAGAAGUGCGCCAAUGACUACACAUUCUCCAGGGAAGAUCAGGAUACCUAUGCGAUCAACUCAUACGAGAAGGCCCAGGCCGCUGCAGCAAACGGUCUCUUCAAGAAUGAGAUUGCCCCAAUUGAGGUUUCUGGAGGUAGAGGAAAGCCAAACAAGGUCAUUGACUGCGAUGACGAGCCCAAGAACCUCAACGCCGAGAAACUCAAAACCGUCCGCCCUGUCUUCAUUGCCACAGGUACCGUGACAGCUCCCAACGCCUCCCCCAUCUCCGACGGAGCCUCUGCCGUUGUCCUUGUCUCUGCGGCAACUCUUGAGUCCCUUAACCUCACCCCUCUUGCCAAGAUUCUCGGCUGGGGUGAGGCCGCCAAGCAGCCCUCAGAGUUCACUACCGCUCCCUCUCUCGCCAUCCCCAAGGCUUUGAAGCACGCCAAGGUCUCCCAGGAGCAAAUCGACUACUACGAGAUCAACGAGGCUUUCUCAGUAGUUGCUCUUGCAAACUUGAAGAUUCUCGGAAUCGAUGCCGAGAAGGUCAACGUUAAUGGUGGUGCUGUCGCUCUUGGACAUCCUCUUGGAUGCUCUGGCGCAAGAAUCGUCACCACAUUGAUAAAUGUGCUCAAGCAGAAGGGCGGGAAGAUCGGUGCCGCCGGUAUCUGCAACGGUGGAGGUGGAGCUUCUGCGAUCGUCAUUGAGGCCUGUUAA